CAGUUGUCUCUUUUUUAUUACAUUAAACAAAAAUCUCAGAAAAAACUUACAGCUGAUUGUCCAGAUACUCAGCUGAAAAGAUUAUUUGCCGCUCGAACGAGUUGUGUCCCUACAUUCAACAUUAGAAUGGAGAAUGUAAGCAGCACGAUUGACCUAGACACAAGCAACAUCUCACAUGUUGAGGUUAAUAGUAUUUCACCUUGGUCAUCUUCACCGAUCGAUGUUGAUUUAAGCUUAAAGCAGUUCCCUAAAGAAACCACGCCAGACUACGUCUAUAGACAGCACUUCGCAGAAAUUCAGCAUCGUAACAGGAAUUUAAUUCCUAUAUACACCGAUGGAUCUAAAUCGGAUAACUAUGUUGGCUUAGCCUUUGUUUGCCAGGAUGAAAUUGUGGCAGAACAAAUAGCACCGAAUUCUUCCAUCUUUUCUGCGGAGUUGCAGGCUAUUUAUUUAGCCUUAAAGUAUAUAAAUCGGAAAGGUCAUCGUUGCUGCGUGAUUUACACUGACUCAGUUAGUGCACUUCAGGCUUUGAUCUCGUAUGAACGUAGUUCUCACUCCAUAGUUAUUAAAAUUCGAAAACUAAUUUGUCAUCUCACUACGAGAAAUUUUUUUGUGAAGUUCUGUUGGGUCCCAGGCCACGUGGGUAUAAGAGGUAAUGAAGAAGCUGAUACAGCUGCUAAGUCAGCAAGUCCUUCACAGCAUACAAUGCGUAUUGAAGGAGGUGAUUUGAAGCUAGUCGUUAAAAAACGACUAGCAGAGAGAUGGCAAAACGUGUGGAAUGCACAAAUCCACAAUAAACUUCACGAGAUCAAACCUUUGGUAGAAAAUUGGACACAUAAUAGGCAAUAUGAUAGGAGAUCUGAGGUUAUCCUUACUCGUUUGAGAAUUGGACACACUCGACUGACUCAUCAAUACCUUUUGAAGGGAGAUGACGAACCAGUAUGUCAGCACUGCAACUGUGCUGUAAGUGUUAAACACAUAUUUUGCAACUGUGUUGCUUUUGAUCAGAGUCGUAGACAGCAUUUCGGAAAUGCAAGCUUUAGAGACAUUUUGGGCCAGAGGCCAAACCUGGAUAAUAUACUGGACUUUCUGAAAGUCAUUAAUAUGUAUAGAGAAAUAUGAUGAUUUAUUUAUUGUAUAGUUUUAUUUACUUCAUGGUGCAUAUUUAAAUUACUGUAUAUAUUUUUUGUUGUUUAUUUAUUUAUUUUUUGUUGUUGUUUAUUUAUUUAUUUAUUUAUAUUUUAGAUUUUAUAUAUAUACUACCAUUGGCUUUCUAAUGGUUAAACUGUUUUGUAUAUAUGUGUUUUCCUAUUUAUUUUAUACACCCAAUCAUACCAUUUGUCGUGGCGCAGUAUAGCCUGCAUGGCUUUUAUGCCAAUAAAAAUUAACUAACCAAUUAACCAACCGGAUAGUAUUUCUCCGAACUUUGAAAUUC